AACUGUACCAAUCUGUAGCCCUGAGCUGCAUGCAGCUGGAAUGGGAACUACGUGCAGUGGAAAGUGUUGCAGUAAAUGCCAACAGGAGGUGACUCCAGCUGGCCAGGUCUCAGAGCAGGGGAGGAGGGGAAGUGGAGGGGGCUGGUCCCGGGGCCCCGGGUCUGGAGAGCAGGAAUGUCAGAUGUAUGGAGGAAAACCUCACCCUGACAUGGCGCUCUGGACACCGGAAGGAUGCGAUAAUGCUAGAGCCAUGCAAUUAAUCACUUUAAAGUAUGACAGGGUUUAGGAUGUCUUUUGUUUUGGAAACAUUAAGCUGUGUAAAGAUACAUGUUCUUGAUGUUGUUUAGUAAUGUCUACAUUUGGAUAAACUCUUGCAAUCCUCCUCAAUAAAAUCCCAAAGCGAUGAAAACACCAAGCCCAGUGAAGUGGGAUCCUGUGGAAAGCAGGGCAGCUAUCAUAAGAUCCCUAUCCACUGAGCUCUCCUUGCUCUCACACCCUCCUUUCAGCACCCUGUCUUCACAGACACACACACACACACACACACACACACACACACACACACACACAGCCUUUGUGGUCCCUUCUCCCCACCGGUAAUCUUAUCUCUUUGUUCCCAUAACUCCCUGCUCUCCCCAGGACCCCAGCUUAUCUCAGCUACGUUAAAGCCAGCAGCAGUAGCCCUAACACUGGGGUCAUUGUUAUGGUGUGUGUGAGCACUCUCACUCUCCCUUUUCCCAGCUUGCUCAGCCCUCCUUCCCACUAGACAUGUCUAGAGGCCUAGUACUGGCCAUGGGUGGAUUAGGCUAGACAGACCAAAAGCAUAGCGACGCUUCAGUCUAUGGACCUUCAUCAGACUGAAUCAGGCCUACAGGAGGAGAUCCAGACUGGUCUGCUGUGUAUAAAGGCAGACUAGAAGCAAGGGCUACCCCCUCAGAUUAGCGCCAGAGCCCAGGCCAGCCGGGAGCGCUGCUGUGGAUGAUCAUGCAGUUAUGUAAGGCAGCUGCUAACAGACAGAGCCUUUCAUGUUCCAUACGCAUUAGGGAUAAAGGAGGCCUUUUAAACACAGGAGUUUAUCAGUGUUUAUAUGACUGGGCCAUUUAAUGGCCUUCAGCAAGGCUCUGCUCUGCUGCUCUGGGGACUAGGCACAUUGAAUGUGCUGUUUAGGGGUGGGUGUAUAAAUAUUUGUAUGUAAGGGUUAAUAAAGUACAGUAAUUCUGGUUUAUGCUCUAUAGUAUCUCAAAGUGUACCCAAGUGUAAUUUAAAAGCAGUUUGCAUAGUUUGUCAGUGUAGCCCCUACCCCUGUCCUCUUUCCUGGUGUCAGCCUGCAGCAGUGGCUCCACCACCCUGGAGAGAAGCGUUAUAGGAGCUCCAGGUGUUCCCCUCUCUGCUGUAUUGUGUGCCAACCUUGGUGCCCGUGGUCCUCGUUGGCCGUGGUGUUACUGCUCACAUUGUUCCGUGGUCAUUGUGUGUGACCCUGACAGGGAAGCAGCUGUGUUAGGUGAGCCUGCCAGAGCAGCCAUGUUGGCAGGGAGAAGCAGCCCUGUAGGGGGCCUCCACUAGGGGCCCGCUUUGAUGAGCGCCACACAGGAUGGCCCCCUACAUCCAUCCAGGCCCUUCUCUGGCUCUCUUCCUCCCUGACAGCCCCCAUCAACCCUUACAUCUGAUUAUGACACACUGCUGAUGAAGGCAGGCUUUCUCUUGGCUGGCUGGCUGACUGGCAGAGGGGUUGGGGAAACACACUUUAUCCUUUCAUGAAGAGAGAGAUGAGAGGAGUGAAGAAAGGCAUUGCUGCCCUUCACAGAAACUGGGCAUCGUUUUCCUGCCAGGCAGAGGACAUGACCUCCCCUGCCAGGGAAGACAGUGAGUGAGAGAUCCAUGGUUACAGUGUCAUACAGUGUAGGCAGGCUUAGCAAGAGACAUGGUACAUUUCUUGUACAGAACUCGAUGUCCAGUGGAAAUGUUGGAUUGGAUUGAGGUUGUGAAAUGUCCACUUUGCUACAUGACACCACAAUGUAUUCUGAAUUUGUGUGUAUGAAAAUAAGAUAUUGUGUAGCCAGGUGUGUGUGGGUGUGCGCACGCCAGUGAUUUAGUGAGUGUGUGCAUGUAUGUGUGUAUAACCUGUGUGUGUUUAACCUCUGUGUCUUGACACGAGCAGUGGAAGCUGUGUGGAAACUGUGGGUCUGGGACCAGGAAGUGACUCAGUAUUGACUUGGCUCACUUCCUGGCUGUGUUGCAGGAUGCUGCUGCUCCUCUGGCAUUCCUCUCAGGAUGUGAACCCCUCCUCCUCCUCUCCUCUCCUCUCCUCUCCUCUCCUCUCCUCUGUUUCCCUCACUGCCUGCUGUCUGCUGGCCUGGGCCAUUAUCUGAGAUACCAGAGCAUUACCGGCCCUGACGGACUGCCAAGCUGGAGGUUACAUCACAGCUACUGGAGAGCACCGUUGAAAUGAGCUCACCUCAGGCUGCCUGCUGAGAACCAAGGCUAGCAAGACGAGCAAGACAGUUCUGUCUUUUCUAGCAGAUGCUGAGUUGUCAUAUUGCUCGUAAUGCUGCUGGAUAGAAUUUCUGCAAUAGUUAAAGUAUUCCACACCAUCGACUAGAAAAGUUAUUACAGUGUUAUUACAAUGGCUAUGUCAGUACGGUUUUGAUAUAUCAUUUUCAUUAUCAAUAGCCUACCCCUAGUGGCACUCAGCCUACUUGUAUUGCUGUAUGGAGAAGAGUGGCAUGCUGUAUUGAAUGGCCAUUUGAUUGGUAUUUCCUUCCGCUGUAUUCAGUGCAUUCCACUGUUUCAGUGUUUCAGUGGGAUAAAGGUGUUUGAACGUGAGCUCUCUUCCUGAGCCAGUGUGUUUUGAAUUCUCCUCCAUCCUCCACGUUGACUGCUGACGUGAGCCACAGGAAGUAGUUAAUGGGAGCAGGAGUGUGUGUGUGUGUGUGUGACUCAUUGUGGCUUGGGUGGAUUAAACAGCUGUGUUUCAGGCUCCCUCUCUCUCUCUGUGGUGAUAUUCAGCCUAAUGUUCAUUCCACACACACACAUCCAGUGUGUCCUCACCCCCGUUCCAUUCCUACACCACAGGCUUGCUGGAUCUGGCAAUGAUGACUGUAUAAAGGCAGCCAUUACUCCGUGAGUCAGAGAAGGAGCUCUAUACAGUACUGUAUACAAUAUAAACUCCUAUUUAUCAGAUGGGGGCCCACCACAAAUUAGUAGCACUUCUCCAGUAAAUAUGGCAAACCUCAUUGAACAUAAUCAUAAAUGUGGCCAAACCAAAUGAGAGGGGUAAAAGAAAGAGCAAACAACUGUUGAAUGAAUAUUAAGACAGGGUCUUGAUCAGCUGAUGCCAAUUUCUAAAAGUGUAUAUGAGUUAUUGUGUGUAUGUUGUUGGUCAAGCCAUUAGAUUAUGAGUGUUCCACCCAAUGCAUUCUGGAUAUAGUGGAUACUCACAACCGUUUUUCUGGUUCUUCCUCACCAGUUCCCGGAGUGUGGCUUCUUUGGCAUGUAUGACAAGAUCCUGCUCUUCCGCCAUGACCUGACCUCUGAGAACAUCCUCCAGAGGCUGAUGUCAGCAGAAGAUAUCCAUGAGGGAGAUCUGAUAGAGGUGGUGCUCUCUGGUGAGUAGUUCUGAUCUGGGUUCAGCCCUAACUGCUUUUAUGAACUUUUUGACUUGUACUGUAGGCUAUCUGUACUAAUUCAGUAAAGAAAAUGUUCUGUCAUUCAAACCUGUGUUGUACAGUGCUGUUUCACGCCUAUCUAAAGCUCACCUCCAGAGACAGGUGGCUAGUUUCCCCUCUCUUUUCCUGUCACAGAUUAUUUCAGUUUCCUGCUGACUAUUGAGUCUAACAAACACUGGCUCGUAAAGGCAUUCUGUUCUGUUCUGUUCCAUCUGUCUCCAUUGGGAAGCACCUCACAGUCACACCACCUGGACUAGACAUCCCCUCCUCGCUCUCUCUCAACGGGGUAGAACUAGAAGCAUUGUCUGCAUGGAUCCAGACAUGAAAUAACUCUGCAGCCGGAUGGAUCUGAUCUGCUGGUGUUUAGCAGUGAGCCCCAGAUGAGUGUAUCCAGGAGACCUCUGGUUUCCUCUGUCUCCUUCCCUCUGGGUUGAGACGGUUGACAGAUUUCAGCUUCAGUGUUGCACCUGGAUGGCUGUGUGAGGUCAGAGUAAUGCCACAUCCACAAGCUCUACACCCACACUUCUUCCUUGUCUUAGCCUUAUAGUUGGCCUACAUCUGGUGAGGAGAUCUACAUGUGUCAAACUGGUGCAAUGCAAUCUCAGAUAUGCUUUGCUGUUCUAGUCUGGCACACUGAAAAUAGGAAUCUUUGAAUCAUACUAUUUAUCCUUCCCUUAGUUGCUUCUAAUUUAAAUGAAUUAAAUACUUUAAAGACAACAUUAAUUCCUAUACAUUCUUUGAGACCUGUUGUUCAGUUCUGUGGUUAUGAGAGACAAACAGCUCAGUGGUUUGGUCCUAAAACCUCCCUCACUGUUAGAGGGAGGCCAGAGCUGAUUUUUCUUGGCGCUAGACUCAAAGGGCCUGGCUUGUUUUCUCUGCAGUAAGUGAUUGUAGUGGACCCACUGAGUAUUAACAUGCUGAGCUGUGCAGGGCGGCUCUGGAAUAGUGGACAGGCCAUCCCUAACCAGGGGGUUGGACAUGGAGAGAGGGCUGUUUGCUCCAAGAAUCCCACUCACUGUUUGUAUCUCACUGUAACAAGGUGAGUAGGACGGAGCCAGGCGUAGGAGGUGUGAAUCAUAGAAUAGGAUUUAUUAGGCCAAUACAGCAGUCCACAGCAAUGUGUAAACCAAGUACAGUGCAACUUAAAUGCGUACUGGGAAAACAAAACACACGGGUGAAUAUCCUGGCGAUAAAAGUAACAUAAUGCUCAACACGAGCUAGCGACACCUCCACAUGGAACAAUAACACACAAAGACAUGGGGGAGCAGAGGGAAUAAUUAUACAGAGACUGAUGAGGGGACAUGUAACAGGUGUGUGUGAAAAAUAAGACAAAACAAAUGGAAUGAUGAGAAGAGGAGUGGCAGUGGCUAGAAGGCCGGUGACGACGAACGCUGAAGCCUGCCCGAACAAGGAGAGGAGGCAGCUCGGAGGGAGUCAUGACACUCACUCAGCAUCCUUCUUAUUUGACAGGAUAUGGCAUACAAAAUGGAUGUACAUAUUUAUUUUAUAGCACUUUUAGUCGGUGAUGAAUGUUACAGACUAUAACUUCUGAAUUAUGUCUGAUGGACACUUGUGAAGCCUGAUUAGUCAAAAAUGAAACAAACAGACAUCACAUUGAUGUCAGGCCUGCUGCUUGUGGAAAUUGAUUUAUUGGCUCAAUCUUCUAUGGUGUUUGAUGCAAAACAUUUCAACAACCAUUUCAUAAAGUUGAGGCCGUUAAUAGGCUGUGUGUUUUCUUUCCUAGGAUGUGAUUGAAAAGCCCAUGAAUGCCUUCUUUCAUGUGUUUUUGCCAGGGAGCUAUGCACAGUGUGGUGGCAUGUGACUUUCUAUAGUUUUUUGUACGCUUUGAAGUUCGACCCAAAAUGUGCCCGUACCCAAUUGCUGUCAUAUUUCCUUGAAUAGGGAAAAUCUGGUUCUCCAAAGAUCUUUUUUGUUUCGGAUGUCUCAUGCCUUAGCUUGUUUACUGUAGUUAAACCUUACAUAAAGUAGCUUUCAAAGAAACACGCUGACAUAAACUGUCUAAUCAACAAGACAACUAUUUUAAAGUUUUUAUUCGUUUCCCUCCAAGUGAAGAGACAAACCGAGUUCAUUAGCAACCACAUUUCAGGUUGUUUUUGGGAAAUUAAUCUAUAUAGCUAGUUAAUUAAAUAUAUAUUAUUCAUAUGGAGUUGCUAUGUGUCCAUAUGUAUAAUUUUCACAUGGAAAUCAAUAGUGCUGCUCUUUAAGCUUUGACCUUUAGAUUUGACAGUCCAAGGACCUCCAGUAGAAAGUGAAGUCAUAAGGUGAUCUGUGGAUGCUGGGGGAAUCAUUAGGCCUAUCAAAUUUGGUCUGUCUACCCCACUAUCGCCCAUCUGUGUUCCUCACCGCAGCUGUCUGUUUUGCUCUCUCUUUCUUCCUGGUGUGUCUCUCUAUUUUAUCUUCCAAAGAAUGUUCUCUCUUCCAGGUAUUUGGGGAUUUUCAGUAAAGUGAAUUUUAUUCCCUAAGUGGAUAGAUGUCACAUUUGUUGUUCAGAGCUGCAUCUCGUCACGGCAACAGCUACUGAGAAUGUCCCUGGUGCAUCCUUCAUGGGAUGCUGGUAUGUCAACUUGGUCUUAUUGUAAAACUGGAUCAGAGAAAACACCCACUGAAACUAAAAAACACACACAAAUAGUUAGUGACAUUACGCAGGGUUUUCCACCUAAAUUCUGGUGUAAAAGAUUAUGAUUCCCUUGUUGGUCAAUGGGAAAACCAUAACAGCAUAAAUUAUUGUAAAAGAACUGUGAGAAAGAGAUUUCUCUCUGGUGCCGGAGGGGGAUGUAAUCACACAGGUUUGGUAGCGAAUAGCGAUGUCUUAUUCACAUCUUGGAUGAGUCACUCCUGUGAACUAACUGUCCCUUCCAAGAAUGACCUCAGUCAUAUCCCUCCAACACAAACCACAGCAGCAGAUGGAGCAAAGCCCCCUGGGUAAUGGCUGGGCCUACCUUGUGUUUCAGUCCAGAUAGGAAACAAACCAAACCAUACUAUGAACUCGCUGAUUAAAGAACAUCAUUAUCAUGGGAUCUGGUCUUCUCUGGUCCUGUCUGUUGAAUGAGACUGUCUGUCUCAGUGGUCUUUAGUGUGCUCUGUAAUGCCAGAUCACUCUGAAACAGGUGAUGUUAUAGACAAUCUUGUAGCUUGUUGUUAGUUUCUGCUGUACCGCCUCCUACUGUAAGUAGCUGUUAUAGCACUGAGCUAUUAAUGGGAUGUUAUAGCACUGAGCCCUAGAGAGAGAAACCACGACCUCGGAACAGAACAGCUUUCCCCUCCAGCAUCUCCUACUGUACAUAACUGCCCGUUAUAAGGUACUUCCCAGGUCAGACUCUCUGAUAUGGAUGCAUUCACUCCACUAUGUGAACAGUUUGUUCACCAGAUCUGAGUUAUAGCUUAUUUUAUGCACAUAGACAUACCAAUAACACAAGUGACGAUGGUCCAGUAGAUCAUCUGACUAUUACCGGCUGACAAAACAGCCUAAAAUGCCUUUACAUUACAGUGUACACUCAGGGCUCUAUUUUAACAAACCUAACACAGUGGUACAUUUUUGCAUUGGCGGUAGCGCUUUAGGUCCAGGGUUGUCGGAAAUAUUUUUGCUGUUUUCACUGCAGGAAUUAUGGGUGCAGUAGCUGGCGGUGGGGCGGAAAUGCUGCGUUUUAAUUAAUAAAGAGGCUUGACCCCUCACUGGCCAAUUAGAACAUGCUCCAUGGCUAAAUAUGUGGUUGCGUCAAGAUGCGUAUUUAUGGUAUUUUAUGUACUGCGUUGUCAUCAAUUCCAAUGGAGUCCAUUAUAGCCUAGUUUGGUAAAUAAAAUAAAUAAGUAAAAAGUCUACAGAAACAAAAUAACAAAAUGUAGGCCUAUCUCAUCUUUGUUACAUUUGUUGUACAUGUUUUCAGUCCACAUUGUUCUAAGUAAUUGCAUGGUUUCAAUAUGGAAAUAUAUUGUUAAACAUAGCAUUUACUCUGAUAUAGGUGCUAGGCCUAUUGUAAAUUGCAUUAUGGCUGAGCCAUGGACAUACCAAACAUUGUCAAUAAGCAAUAUUAAAUUCACUAUUGAUAAAGCCUAAAAUGAGAGUGAAUAAUUCUAAUCAAAUUCUAAUCAAAACGAAACAACUUGUUUAAAAUAGGCUAUGUCUAAAUACAGUUACAGGCAUCAUCAUUUCUCCCUGUGGGCGUAUAAUAUUAAGGCAACGCAGACAAUGGAGGGUUUUUACGCACAUCCAAACUUUUCACAGAAGCUGGAAAAGAGAAUGUCCACUCACCAUUAUACUGCUCCCAAAUAUAAUGUUUUAAAAACAUAAUGGAACCAUCUUACAGAUUGCAUUCACACUUCUCCAGAAAUAGCAGGGGUUGUCCGCUCACUGUUUUGCUGCUCCAAAACUUGAUCUUUAAAUAAAGCUUUGGUGAUUUAAGAUGUAUUUAAAGCUGUCUCACGAGCCAAAACCUUUAUUGAUAGGCUUGGCUACUUGGCGAACGCAUUGGGCAGGACAAAAAAAACUGCCUUCAUUGAGGCAGGGGAGGCUAUAGGUCUAUACUUGGUUGACUUUGAAUUAAAUGAAACCAAAUGCGAAAAAGCAUUUGUUUUUUAUGUUUAUAAAUAUGAGGGUUACCGGUACAAAAAAUACAUCUCCUCUCUUGUUCCAUGAGCAAAAGGGCACUGUGCGUCACGGCUGGAUAGGUUGCGCUUCCGCUCACAAAAUCCAUGCCAUUGCCAACCGUGUUACCGCUAAGACCUGCUUUUCCUUGUUCUUAAAGGACACACCUAGAAUAUUGCCACCCCCCCCACAUCAGUGCAAGCGAGCUGAUAUUAGACAGGUAAAUUGCUGAACCUGGCGCCUGGGGUGGAAAACAACAAAGCGCCAGUUUUUACAUGCUGAAAUUGAAAACUAGCGUGCGUUUUGCACUUGCGCAGCUGUCGCGCCAGCCGAAAAUGGAGCCCUAUACCUCUUACCUACACUGAACAAAAAUAUAAACGCAACAUGUAAAGUGUUGGUCCCAUAUUUCAUGAGCUGAAAUAAAAGAUCCAAGAAAUGUCCACACACACAAAAAACGUAUUUCUCUCAAAUGUUUUGCACAAAUUUGUUUACAUCCCUGUUAGUGAGCAUUUUAUCCUUUGUCGGGGGGUGGGGAAUUGUUGCAUGUUGUGUUUAUAUUUUUGUUCAGUAUAAUUAUUAUUUUAUUUUUUUGUCAUUUUCAUUAUUUGGUUUCAGGGUUUUUGUGUUUGAAGUUUAUUUGUUUUCCUUUAGUUUUGUUUGCCAUGUUUUUGUUUUAAGUUGUGUCUGAAUUGCAGCUUUAGCCACAGUAGAGGACUUCCAGAUCCGGCCCCAUGCCCUCUAUGUCCACUCCUACAAAGCCCCCACCUUCUGUGACUACUGUGGGGAGAUGCUUUGGGGCCUCGUCCGGCAGGGGCUCAAAUGUGAAGGUAAGCGCACGCACACACACACACACAUCAAGCUCUCUCUCACAUCAAUGCUGGGGCGCACUGUGAACCGAAGGCCAAGGUGUCAAAUGUUUACCCGACUCGUACACUCAUACACACACAAAUCAAGCAGGCCCUUCUCUUGGUCCAGUCUGAGGGGUACAUUAAGGCUGGUAGCACCGUGCAGCAGGAAGCCUCAGUGGAGUGUGUGACUUCCUCCCAUUACUAAAGAAGGUCUUUGAAGAGCUGGCCGGCCUGUUUGAAUGGAGCCCAGUGUGCUGAUGCCAAGCGUUGGACUCAGCCUUCAAAGGCUCUUUAGAAAGCAUGUGCUGCUGCUCUACUCUAACCCUCUCUGAUGGAUUCAGCCUGUCCCUCAGUAUAACACAACCUGCCCCAGGGCAAGCCGGGACAGGAAUGCAACAGGCGCUCCGAUAGGAUGAAAGAUUUGGACUGGUAUACCUAGUCAAAUUAUAUUUAAAUGUAGAAUUGUGGAAUGUAGAAUUGCAUGUGAUUUGUGAUUAUUGGAUCAGAUCUAUUUUAUUCCCUGCUAUUUUUGUCUUUAAAAAGCAUUUGAAGCUUUCUCUGAGGAAGGAUGAGAUCAAAUGACUGCAUGUAGAGAGUCCUCUUGUGGACGUUUAAGAGAAUGAAGCUGGUGGGUUGAAUCAAAGUAGUGCUUUCCUACUGUAUUAAUUUACUUCGUUUCCUUCUUAAGACGCGUUAAUAUAUCUCAAGAUGUCAUCAAAAAUAUGUCUUAAUACAUGUCUUAAGAUAUGGCUGGGUAUGAGCUGUUGUUGAGUAUCAAGCCCAAUGCUGACAUCCAAAGAUACAGUCUGUUUGUUACAUAUAGCCUGUACUGUACAGUAUGUGUUUUAUUCUUCAUGUAUAAUUAGUGACCACUGUGUCCUGUGUACUUCCAGGUUGUGGGUUGAACUACCACAAGCGCUGCGCCUUUAAGAUCCCCAACAACUGCAGUGGGGUGAGGAAGAGACGUCUGUCCAACGUGUCCCUGCCGGGCCCCUUGCUCUCAGUCCCCCGGCCCCUCCCCGGUCCCACUGAACAUGCUGUGGUCGUCCCGGAGGAGGUAAGACCUGUGCUUCCAUUGGUGUAGAGAGAUGUCCUGUGGUAAAGAUACAUUCUGUACAAUACAAAGAGCUUUGAGACCCAGUGAAAGGGGCUAUGUAAACGCAAUCCCUUAUAAAGUUACACCCAAGCACAGUUUAUUGCUUGCAAAGCAGCAACGUUGUCCCUCUAUGCCCGUUGUGAAUGUACUGUAGGAUUUUUAUCUACAGUACAGUUACUAACCAGUUCUAGCCACAUACUUUCUCAUAGGUUUCAUGUGAUUGACUGAAGGUUUAGUUAACUUUUGACGCAAUCAAAUCAAAUCAAAUUAUAUUGGUCACAUACACAUAUUUAGCGGAUGUUAUCGCGGGUGUAUAGGACGAGCAAUCUAACUGUUAUUUCCGAUUGAGACACAUUUGUCAGUUGGCAAUAAAUCAACUACAAGGUCAAGUCUUGUUGUUUCUUAUCAAUUGUCUAUGUUUGUCAGCCAAAUCUCUUGGAGUAUCUUACUAUCUUGAUGUGAAACACCACAAAGACACAGCAAAUUGAAUUUGAUAAACUGGAUGGUCUGAUGGUCUCCCAGUGUUUGUUUGAGGCUAGCUGGAUGGAAUAUUCUCCUUGGUGACCAACGCUUAUGAGAGGUCAAUGAAAAUACAAUUAGGCCAAUUAAAUUAAACCCUUGUUAAUUCUAGCCCAUGUUUGUGUAUUUGGUCCUCUUUGGUCCCUAUGUGACUGUGUUGUCUCACUGAACAGACCCUCCAUCCCUCCUCUUCUUCCCUCUAUUGCUAUCUCCUUUCUUCCCUGGUUUAAUUAAUCUCUCCCUCACUCCCACUUGCUACAAUUCCUGCUUUCAUCUAUCUCUCCAUCCCUACAUUCCUUGGUUCCCACACUUGCUCCAUCUGCCUCUCCCUCCCUCUCUCCUUUAUUUAUUUCACACCCUGUCUCCUUCCCAUCUCUCCCCUGCAACAGCGCUCCCACCAGGAGGCAGGGAAGAGGAUCUUGUCGUGGAGUGGCCGGCCCAUCUGGAUGGAGAAGAUGGUGCUGGGGCGAGUCAAGGUGCCUCACACCUUUGCCAUCCACACAUACACGCGGCCAACCAUCUGCCAGUACUGCAAACGCCUGCUCAAGGGCCUCUUCCGCCAGGGCAUGCAGUGCAAAGGUAAGGUGCCACCUCCCUUUGUCUCUGUUUCUCUGUAUGUCUCUAUGUCCAUAUCUGCCUAGACCUAUUUACCUUUCUCCCUCUAGAGUUAUUAAAUCCAUGUUUUUUUAUUUACUUUCUUUUCAGAUUGUAAAUUCAAUUGCCAUAAGCGGUGUGCCUCAAAGGUACCAAGAGACUGCUUGGGCGAGGUUUCCUUCAAUGGAGGUCAUUUCUGCUUUCGUAUUUUCACAUUCCAUGCCCAUUUAUCAUGGUAAGAUGUAACUGAGAGACAUACUCAUAUUUGUGUGAUGGUGUGUGUCCACAGAGCCUGCCAGCCCAGGGCCUGACUCUGACAGCACCAUGGAGGUGGAUAGUAGUGAUGUGGAGAGCACUAGAGGACUACUGGAUGACUCUGACGAACCUUCAACCCCAGACGACAAGAUGUUCUAUAUGGACUCUCCUUUUCUGGACCGCGAGAAGGACGAGGAGCCCAUCAAGACCAUCAGGUAUUAUACAGCAAGACACCCCACAUUACUGGGCCAUAUUUGAGCUAACUUGGAGUUAGACUUAUGUAAUAGUUGUGUAAACAUAGAUCAUGUAGUUAUCAAACAGGUCUGGAUCAAUGGACCUUCUUCCUUGCUCUUUUCACACUCAGGUCCGUGUUUCUGCUAAGCACUUUGUGACUAAUGUUUUCAUAAAAAAUGCUGUGUGUGUGUGUCCCCAGCCCAUCCACCAGCAGUAACAUCCCUCUGAUGCGGGUGGUCCAGUCCAUCAAACAGACCAAGAGGAGGAGCUCCACCAUGGUGAGGGAGGGCUGGAUGGUGCACUACACCAGCAGAGACAACCUGAGGAAGAGACACUACUGGAGGCUGGACACCAAGAGCCUCAGCCUGUUCCAGAACGACACUGGAGCCAAGUUCUAUAAGGUGAGAGAGCAACACCACAUAUCAUCUAUUACCUGACAGAGGCAGAGACAUGGCAGAAUGAAAUGGGCAUCAUAGUCUGCAUUUACAUUGAAUGUCAUAGAACAACGUAAACAGAUCAAUAAUUCUCUGAAACCCAAUGGUUUCAACCAAACGCUGAAUUGAUCCAAAAUAAAUCUACCAGAUUUUUUUUUGUAUAUAUAUAUAUAUAUAUAUAUAUAUAUAUAAAUGUGUUUUAUUGUCUUGGGUGUAUAGUAUGUUAAAAGGGCCUGCCCAAUGUAAUGGUGUCUGUGAUGGUGUGACAAAGACUGGGGGCUGCUGUGUUGCAACUGUAAACUACAGUGAAGCCAGUAAUAAACAGAGAAAAUCCCCCAGCCUGACUCCUGUGGUUUCACAGGCAGUAAACGGACAUUUCUCCAUGGUCACAGAGUGAAAGUUUUCUUCUAGAGCCACGUUGUCAUCAGCAGUAUUUGUCUCUGAAAAUGUUAUGGGUUUUUGCUGGGGAAAUCUGCCUGAAAAGGAUGUCCAACACAUUUAUACAAUACAUUGUAACAAGUUGCAUCACCCAUAUCAGAUAUCCUAUCUGAAAUGUCUUACCAAACCAUCACCGUAAACGUUUGUUGUCUAGUUUGAAUAAAUUAGAUUUAUGCAUUUUGACACUGAUUUCCAAAUGCUAUAACUCCAGCUUCAGAGAGUGUGUGACAGUCCCAUUGUGACACCAGUGGCGUAGGCAGUCUUUACCAUGCCACAGGGGCUUAAUAGCUGUGGAAUUAGACACUUGGGACUAAGGCAGCCAGGCAGUCCUUGUUCCCUCUGUGUAAAGGCUUCCACAUGUUCAGUACAGCCUUGCCACUGUGAGCCUGUCCCAGCCUCUGUACCGUGUGGGUGUGUUACUUUGAAUCCUCCCCUGAUUGUGGCGAGAGAUGUGACGCAGUGGGAUGGUGUUUAUGGUGCUAUGGUUUCUAACGACUUUUGUUUUGUGAGAUGUAGUUCGUUCAGUGUGUGAGGGAGAGAGAGAAGGAAGGAGAGAAAGAGGGAGGGGAGAGAGAGAGAAUGUGUUUGUAUGUAUAGGUAGACAUCUAAUUGCCAGGCUGUCAUCUAAUAUUAUUCUGUUGGGGAGACAGAACUCUGUUUUAAAGCUCCACUUUCCGAGUGUUACGGCUGUGACAGACACACCCUCCAUCUUCCCAGCAGUGAGGAAACCCCACUCUUUUAUACAGCUGGGAUUGAGACGUUCAGGGUGUGUUUAGAGGCAGCUUUAUAUGGUAGUUUAUUAUCAACUGGCCACUUAGCACAGCACUCAGGAGACUGAUUGAAGACUAGCUGUCUUUCGCAUUCUCUCAAAUCUCGUCAUAUGGGUCGUUCUGUUUUAUUUGUUGCUAGUGUGUGCUCCACAGAUUGAGCCAGUGGUCACAUUAGGUUAUCCACUGUAGCCUCUGUGUCUCUUGGGCAUUUCCCCCCACUGUCUCUCUCUCUCUCUCUCUCUCUCUCUCUCUCACUCUCCUUCUCUCAUGUUCUCCUCAGCCCUUAGCCCACUGUCGUGUGGCUGUCCCCUCCUCUCCUCUCUCUACCUCCAUUCAUCUGAUUAGCGGUGGUGGUUGUGUGUCGACGCAUCAGAUGACUGACAUUUUCUACAUUUGGAAGUCACAUAGGCUUCUCUUUUGAAGAUGAGACCCCUGUACUUGUGGUUUCCAAAACCCUUUGAUGGGGGUAAGGGGGCUUCACUCUGUCUCUAGCACCCCCCGCCCCUCUCCCCACCCCCCGCCCAGGGUUUUUGUUGUCCGAUAGUCUGUGGAACAGUAGUCACCGUGUCUUGCGUCUCAGUGGCUGGCAGCGCGGCUCGUGCUCAGAUGGGGCUCUGGUGUCCUGCCUUGUAAUCAUGGGGCCUCUUCUCUUCAAUGGUCCCAGGCCUGGUUGACGUGGGCCGGCCCUGCUAACCAAUUCAUCUGAUACUCUGUGGUGAGCCGCCCUCAGGGGACCCAGAGGAGAGGGGGGGGGGACAAGGGGGGCGAGGCACUGCAGGGGCUCCUAUUGGCUAGGGACUUCCUUCUUCUUCUUUGAUUUGCAUUUGACAGUGAGGCUGGAGGGAAAGAGGACUUUUAAAGUGUGCUCAAACUGCCCCUCGCACCACUUCUGUAAGGGUCUGUCAGACAGAGGCUGUGCACUAGGCAGGGGCUGUGGAUACACUACACUGUGGGAAGGGACUAGGACCAACGUUGGGUUACUGUUUCUGGUACGCGUGCUAAGCGGAGGAGCUUUUUUCAGCGGUUACCUCUGACUUGCUGUGAGCGACUCUGCAUUUGGUGUCUGCUUCCAUCUGGUCUGACUUUCUGUCUUGCUAGUGAUUGAUUCAGUGACUCUUGUCUUUCUCAGUUUGAGUGUUCACUAGGCUGUGGCAUUUUCUAUGUCUAUCAUGGUUGUAUUUGUCUUCUGUGUCUCUCUCUCCCCAAUCACUAGCGGUGAUGGCAUGGCGCUCUAUGUUUGUGUAUGUUAUGACUCUGGUCUCUCUCUCUCUCUCUCUCUCUCUCCCCUCCCCUCCCCCCAUGGCCCACAGGAGAUCCCUCUCUCAGAGAUCCUGCAGGUGGAACAGUCGAGGGACCUCAGCAGCCUAACCCAGGGCAGCAACCCACACUGCUUUGAAAUCAUCACCUCCACCAUGGUCUACUAUGUAGGGGAGAACCAAGGGGGCCACUACGACAGCCCCGCGCUGGCAGCUUCAGGCGUGGGCAUGGAGGUGGCCCAGGGCUGGGAGAAGGCCAUCCGGCAGGCCCUGAUGCCUGCCACGCCCCAGCCCAGUGUGGCUACCGCAGCCGGGCAGGGUAAGGACCACAGUGAGUACAGUACCAUUCUUUACUGUUAACAUGGUAGACAUCGUUACUGGAAGAAAUACUGACUGGAGGUGCCUUGAUUUAGGCUACUGACCAUAGCGUGUAUACAUUAGUUAUUUCUAUUGGAAGUAGCAUUGGCAUAUAUUUUACAUAUUGUAGAUAUUGGCACUAGCACUGGAAAGGUGGUUUGAAAUUAGAUUAUGUGAGCGAUGGAAAUAGUACUAUUUAUGCCCAUAAAAUGGGUAAUUCCAUAUUGUGGUCGUUUAGUGGUUUGAUAUAUUAUAUUAGUGUGCAGUGGGUCAAAAGAGUCCCCCUUAAAUGCUUGAAUCCUGAGCUAAGGUUAAGUGAGGUUCUGAAGUAAGUAAGCAGUCAGUCUUGUUUUGAGAUAACAACAAUGGCAUUUUACAUUUUUGUCAUUUAGCAGACGCUCUUAUCCAGAGCGACUUACAGUAGUAAGUGCAUAAAUUUUUUCGUACUUGUCCCCCGUGGGAUUUGAACCCACAACCCUGGUGUUGCAAGUGCCAUGCUCUACCAACUGAGACACACGGGAACAUCACCAGAAAUGACUACCUACAGACACAGCAGAGCCUUGAAUUGAGAAGCCAUGGCUUACCUCUUCCCUCCUAUGAUGAUGAUGAUGAUGAUGAUGAUGGAUGAUAAUGAAUUUGAUGAUAAUAAUUAUGAUGAUCUUAGAGGCUAUAGAGUCAAGGUGGCACAUUCAACCUGUCGCUCACCUGUGGGCACAUGGCGCAACACCUGAAACCUGACAUAGAUUCAGGGGAUUAUCUGUGUGUGUGUUAAAAUGGACCCUCCUCUUCCAUCGCAUCCAAUAUAGUAAUGCACCUUAAUCUAAUAAUGAAGAAGGCCGAAUCAGAUUAGUGGUAUUUUUUUAAACCUUUCGGUUAUUAAAUAAACACACUUGUGGUUCAGUGCCCACAAUCACCAGGGCAGGUUUUAAUGUUUAGUAAUGCAUUUGUGUUAGAGUGGAGAUGAGAGGAGCACCGUUGCCUGUCAGCCCAUAUAUGCCCCUGGAGGCCAUUUAGCUGGCCAUGAAUUGUGGUGUAAAUCAGAUAGAUGGUGAGGGUGAUAAUGCCAAACAGAUGAGGCCCACCACUUUACUACCCCUCACUAUCCAAACACUCUGAAAUGACAACAAGCUGCAGAGACAGCCUCGUGUCCUAUAGUACUAUACUAUGCUUCUUAGCCAAUCACUAAUACAGGAGGGCACACAUUGUUGAUCAUAAGAUUAUUAUUCAUUCAUUAUUACUAUUACUAUGUUUUAUUGUGUGGUAAAACAUGACUUUGAAACCCCAUGCCUGAAUAUUGGCCUCUGGGAGGCUCCCAUAACCCUACUAUGAAAUGCAACACAUAGUUAUGCCGUUCAAUAACACAUAUCUUUCCUAAUCCAUUUUAAAGGGUCAUUAUUGUAUCUGCUGUGUGUAGUCCAAGCAGCUGUGAUAGGCUUGAAGGAUGUGAAAACGUGAGAAAUGCAUCUCUGUUUUUGAUUAGUUAGGGAUACAUUGAGUACUUUGUGCAUUUGUACUGUUUAAAGUCCUAUUUGUAAGUCGCUCUGGAUAAGAGCGUCUGCUAAAUGACGUAAAUGUAAAUGUAAAGUGAAACCGUUUGUUUCCCCCACCAGAACAGGAGUUGUCUGUCAGCAUAUCUGUGUCCAACUGCCAGAUACAGGAGAAUGUGGUGAGUAUGGUAACUUCUUCAGACGAUCUUGCACAGUUUCUCUGUGCGUGUGUGUGUUCGUGUGUCCAGUCAUACAUUUUCCUCUGUUACUUCUGCAUUAUUCAUUUACCAUUAAACAUUGCAUGUCAAUUGUAUAAAAAAAAAAAAUAUUUAAAAAGAGAUUAAGGAAGUCACUGAUACCCUUAUGGGAAAUGGGGAUAUUCAUGCGUGCUAUACUUCUGCAUUGAGUGAAAGUGACCCAUUUGUCAUCUCAAUGACCAUACCAGUACAAUUCAUUUUAGUCAUUUAGCAGACGCUCUUAUCCAGAGCAACUUACAGUUUUUUUCAUACUGGCCUCCCGUGGGAAACGAACCCACAACUCUGGCGUUGCAAGCGCCAUGCUCUACCAACUGAGCUACAGGAGGCCUUUACUAAUAGAUGUAAUAAACUUUAGUAAUACUAAAGUAUUUUCCACUCUGUAGGAUAUCAGCUCGGUGUACCAGAUCUUCUCUGACGAGGUUCUAGGAUCUGGACAGUUUGGGAUUGUGUAUGGAGGUAUGUGCCUGGAUAUCCAUGUUUUGAUUAAUUGUAACUAAACAUACUGUAUUCUCUCGACCCAAACCAAAACACACGUCUAUCUUUAUGAUCAGGCGUGGGCAUGGUGGUGUAUACACUAAAUGACCAAAAGUAUGUGGACACCUGCCCGUCGGACAUCUCAUUUCAAAAUCAUGGACAUUAAUAUGGAGUUGGUCCCCCCUUUGCUGCUAUAACAGCCUCCACUGUUCUGGGAAGGCUUUCCACUAAAUGUUGGAACAUUGCUGCUGGGACUUGCUUCCAUUCAGCCACAAGAGCAUUAGUGAGGUCGGCACUGAUGUUGGGUGAUUAGGCCUGGCUCACAGUCGGCGUUCCAAUUCAUCCCAAAGGUGUUCGAUGGGGUUGUGGUCAGGGCUCUGUGCAGGCCAGUCAAGUUCUUUCACACCGAUCUCAACAAACUAUUUCUGUAUGGACUUUGAUUUGUGCACGGGGGCAUUGUCAUGCUGAAACAGGAAAGGGCCUUCCCCAAACUGUUGCCACAAAGUUGGAAGCACAGAAUCGUCUAGGAUGUCAUUGUAUGCUGUAGCGUUAAGAUUUCCCAUCACAGGAACUAAGGGGGCUAGACCGAACCAUGAAAAACAGCCUCAGACCAUUAUUCCUCUUCCACCUAACUUUAUAGUUGGCACUAUGCAUUCGGGCAGGUAGCGUUCUCCUGGCAUCUGCCAAAACCAGAUUAGUCCGUCGGACUGCCAGAUGAUGAAGCGUGAUUCAUCACUCCAGAGAACGCGUUUCCACUGCUCCAGAGUCCAAUGGCGAUGAGCUUUACACCACUCCAGCCGACGCUUGGCAUUGCGCAUGGUGAUCUUAGGGUUGUGUGCGGCUGCUCGGAAACCCAUUUAAUGAAGCUCCUGGCGAACAGUUAUUGUGCUGAUGUUGCUUCCAGAGGCAGUUUGGAACUCGGUAAUGAGUGUUGCAACUGAGGACAGACAAUUUUUACGCGCUUCAGCACUCAGCGGUCCCGUUCUGUGAGGUUGUGUGGCCUACCACUUCGUGGAUGAGCCGUUGUUGCUCCUAGACAUUUCCACUUCACAAUAACAGCACUUACAGUUGAUCGAGGCAGCUCUAACAUUAUUUAUUUCUGUUGGCAGGGAAACACAGAAAGACUGGAAGAGAUGUUGCCAUCAAGGUGAUUGACAAGAUGAGGUUCCCUACCAAGCAGGAGAGCCAACUGAGAAAUGAAGUGGCCAUUCUCCAGGUAAUAAUAAUAAUAAUAAUAAUAAUAAUAUGCCAUUUAGCAGACGCUUUUAUCCAAAGCGACUUACAGUCAUGCGUGCAUAAUUUUUUUUGUGUAUGGGUGGUCCCGGGGAUCGAACCCACUACCUUGGCGUUACAAGCGCCGUGCUCUACCAGCUGAGCUACAGAGGACCACAGGUAACACAUGGAACCUCAUGAUGUAUUAUAGCGUGACUUUAGAAGGGAUUGAUUGAAGCUACCGAGAACCACAUGCCGGAUUUUUAACAGGGUCGUUAGCAUUAGGAAAAAAUAAAAUGUCUUGCCCAAACCUAGCUCAAUAUCUAGGCGUUGGAUAAGAAAAUAGAGACUACAGCGUCCAUAAAGAGACCAUUAGACUUGCCACCUUUCGGACUGAAUACGUUUGUAGGGGAAACAGUUUUAAUUAAAUGUAUAAUUUAUCGCUCUCACAUGCCAAUAGAGAACCAAUGAUGUGCUACCUUUCUGUAGCAUUUCUGACAAUGCUAAUAUCUUUUCAGCUGAAUUUCAGAGUUCUAAAACCGGGACCAGCAACUUGGUUUCUGCGCAACAGCAGCAGCUAGCUAGUAGCAGGCUAGCAGCUGUAGCUAGCUAGCUAACACCAGUCAGAUGAGAAGCAAGCUACAAGCAAAGGAAGCUAGAUAGCUAGGUAUAUUUAGCUAUGGAAGGUUUUCAUAUGGCUGAAGUCAUCUGUGUAAACUAAAUCAGAGCACGAACAAAUAAGCUAGCGAACGUGCUUGGCUGCUAUUAUAGCCAUUUAGCUAGCCAACUAGCCAGUAACUACAGGUACAAGCCAGCGAGACUGUAACAUAGCUUUAUAGAUCGUAGACCAUAACUCAAUAUUGAUACUAUAUCCUAGCUAGCUACAUUCUUCCAUAAAGCAAAGCUGGCUAGCUAGCUAGCUAAGUAAAGUUCAUUGUCAACAUCAAACUUUGGGAAACUGCCACGCUGCUAACAUUGUACCAUGCCGGGGUAGCUAGAGGAGCAGUCAAACUGGCUAGCUAGCAUCAUGUGCAGCCAGAUGUAAGUUUCAGUACAAACAACUGCUAGCUAGGCUACAUUUCCUCAACCAAAACCAGCCUCUCACAACACAAACUGUAGUUGAUAAAACAAAUAGUCUUGCUAGCAAUGUUGAAUCUAAACCCGGCCAAUGCACAUGCAAGUAGCGCAUCGGCUGUGCAUUGCAGUAAGUGAACACAAUUAGCUAGAUCAACACACGAGACAGAGACGUCGCUGUUCGAGCAUCCAGAACAAAUUCAAACCCUUACCUUAUGAUGAAUUAAUUCAGUACUCUGCCUCCUUUGUCAUCAAUCAAAUUUUCUUCAUGCCAUUUUAAUCCAUAUUUUGUGCUGACUGAUCAACAGAGUCAAGUUACUUUUCAGUAUGUUCCCAGAAAUCUGAACCCAGUAAGCAAAAUGACGUUUAAAAGACGUAUUUUCCAGACGUUGAAGUUCUGAAUGAAAGGUGAAAACAUGUAUUUUUAGAAAGUUUAAAAUAUGUAUUUUACAGACGUUGAAAACAAGCCACUUCGAUACAGCUCCAACUUUUUUUGUAGCAGGUUAGGAGAAUUUAUGCAGCGUUUUAGGAAAAUGUACGUAACAGUUUAGGAGAAUUAGGUUAAGGAUAGGAAAAGGGUUAGGGUUAGCGAGAAUGCUCUAGUAACCUGCUUCGAAAAAUCACUUGUAUCCAAGUGGCUUGUCUUUAGGGAGUCCCGUCAGUUGAAAUCAAGGCCAGUCAGGACUGCAAAAAAAGACGUCCGGACAGGGCAGAAAAAAUGGAGGGGAGUCUGGGGGAACUCCCCCGGAUUUUGAGGGAAAUUUAAUUCCAAAUGCUCUCUUAGCCAACUUAUUCGGUACUUUGAGAGUCACUUACAGGAACUGAUAUGUGCUUAAAGUAAUGCAGCUGUUGAUAUUCACCCCUCUUUAAAAGGUAGAAUCCAUAUGUUUUGCAAAAAUACAAAUAGCUACAGUUGAAGUCGGAAGUUUACAUACACUUAGGUUGGAGUCAUUAAAACUAGUUUUUCAACCACUCCACAAAUUUCUUGUUAACAAACUAUAGUUUUGGCAAGUUGGUUAGGACAUCUACUUUGUGCAUGACACAAGUAAUUUUUCCAACAAUUGUUUACAGACAGAUUAUUCCACUUAAUCACAAUUCCAGUGGGUCAGAAGUUUACAUACACUAAGGUGACUGUGCCUUUAAACAGCUUGGAAAAUUCCAGAAAAUGAUUUCAUGGCUUUAGAAGCUUCUGAUAGGCUAAAUGACAUCAUUUGAGUCUAUUGGAGGUGUACCUGUGGAUGUAUUUCAAGACCUACCUUCAAACUCAGUGCCUCUUUGCUUGACAUCAUGGGAAAAUCAAAAGAAAUCAGCCAAGACCUCAGAUAAAAAAUUGUAGACCUCCACAAGUCUGGAUCAUCCUUGGGAGCAAUUUCUAAACGCCUGAAGGUACCACGUUCAUCUGUAGAAACAAUAGUACGCCAGUAUAAACACCAUGGGACCACGCAGCCGUCAUACCGCUCAGGAAGGAGACGCGUUCUGUCUCCUAGAGAUGAACGUACUUUGGUGCGAAAAGUGCAAAUAAAUCCCAGAACAACAGCAAAGGACCUUGUGAAGAUGCUGGAGGAAACUGGUACAAAAGUAUCUAUAUCCACAGUAAAACGAGUCCUAUAUUGACAUAACCUGAAAGGCCGCUCAGCAAGGAAGAAGCCACUGCUUCAAAACCACCAUAAAAAAGCCAGACUACGGUUUGCAACUGCACAUGGGGACAAAGAUCGUACUUUUUGGAGAAAUGUCCUCUGGUCUGAUGAAACAAAUAUAUAACUGUUUGGCCAUAAUGAACAUUGUUAUAUUUGGAGGAAAAAGGGGGUGCUUGCAAGCCGAAGAACACCAUCCCAACCGUGAAGUACGGGGGUGGCAGCAUCAUGCUGUGGGGGUGCUUUGCUGCAGGAGGGACUGGUGCACUUCACAAAAUAGAUGACAUAAUGAGGAAGGAAAAUUAUGUGGAUAUAUUGAUGCAACGUCUGAAGACAUCAGUCAGGAAGUUAAAGCUUGGUUGCAAAUGGGUCUUGCAAGUGGACAAUGACCCCAAGCAUACUUCCAAAGUUGUGGCAAAAUGGCUUAAGGACAACAAAGUCAAGGUAUUGGAGUGGCCAUCACAAAGCCCUGACCUCAAUCCUAUACAAAAUUUGUGGGCAGAACUGAAAAAGCGUGUGCGAGCAAGGAGGCCUACAAACCUGACUCAGUUACACCAGCACUGUCAGGAGGAAUGGGCCAAAAUUCACCCAACUUAUAGUGGGAAGCUUGUGUAAGGCUUCCCGAAAUGUUUGACCCAAGUUAAACAAUUUAAAGGCAAUGCUACUAAAUACUAAUUUAAUGUAUGUAAACUUCUGACCCACUGGGAAUGUGAUGAAAGAAAUAAAAGCUGAAAUAAAUCACUCUCUACUAUUAAUCUGACAUUUCACAUUCUUAAAAUAAAGUGGUGAUACUAACUGACCUAAGACCGGGAAUUUUUACUAGGAUUACAUUUCAGGAAUUGUGAAAAACUGAGUUUAAAAUGUAUUUGGCUAAGGUGUAUGUAAACUUCCGACUUCAACUGUAUGUCUAUGAAGUAAUAGCCAGGGCCUGAUUUCCCGAUAGCGAUGGAACUCAAGCUUACGAGUGUUUUAACAAUGCAUGAUUUCGAUAAUGGCCGAAGACUCACAUGCGUUUCCCAAAACACCACGUAGGGAGAACUUUCAAUAAGUGCUUCGUAAGAGCAUGUGUCGAUGCUGAUAGGAUCGAAAUAAGGCAGCGCUGCUCUCGGAUCAGCAUUCUCCAUUCAAAUCUUACCUUAACAUUAGAUACUGACAACGGAUCAGCUCCUAGAGAGAAAUGAUCACCUAUGGCUGCAAAUAUUGAGGCGGCUUAUUCGAAUACUUAAGCUAUGCACUAAAUCGAAUAUUUGGCACAUCAUUGCACACGUUAGGCCUCCACAUCAUGAAAUUGAAGCAAAAAAUUACAGACAGUAGCCUACAAUUAGCUAAAUAAAACUCAAUUUAUUGAUCAGGAAAUGUAUUUAAAUAUGAUUGAAAUAUAUAGGUCUAUGUAGCCUACUGUAUUUAUCUUUUAAUGCAAUUCUCUGUUCAUUUGAAGCAUCUUUUUACCUUCUUCUUGUUUAUAACAAUUGCAAAGACAUUAGCAACUUUGUUUUGCAGUCAACUUUGAAGUUAUCGGCAGUCACAGAGCGACAGAUAAACAUCUUGAUUAUAUGUUUAGUGGAAAUCUUCUAUUUAUAAAGCAUCUAACGACCCAGUUAGCUGUUCCGAGGCAGUCGGUAAAUAACAAGUGUUUUCAAGUGCAACUUUAGUAACGAUGAUUUUGGGAAACAGUUCGGAGAUUUAACGGGCGCACAUUUUUUCCCCGAAAGACACUUUUUGCAUGUGAAAAUGUUGUAUAAUUUUUGUAUAAUCACCUUCUGGUACAAAAACCAUGGAAAUGUAAAACCAAAAAAUAUGUUUUAAGUGAGAAGUAGGGAUUGACCUGAAGCUGAAAUAGAAAGGAAAUUCACAUGAGCACCACAAUGCCUACCUCACCCAUGCUCUACCAAGCUUUUCCAGCAAACAGCUUUGACCGACUAAUCAAAUCAAAUUGUAUUUGUCACAUGCGCCGAAUACAACAGGUGUAGACCUUACAGUGAAAAGCUUACUUACAUGCCCUUAACCAACAAUGCAGUUUUACGAAAAAUAAGUGUUAAGAAAGUAUUUACUAAAAUGACAAUGCAAAUAGUCCGGGUAGCCAUUUGAUUAGCUGUUCAGGAGUCUUAUGGCUUGGGGGUAGAAGCUGUUAAGGAGCCUUUUGGUCCUAGGGUGGCUGGAGACUUUGGCCAUUUUUAGGGCCUUCCUCUGACACCGCCUGGUAUAUAGAUCCUGGAUGGCAGGAAGCUUGGCCCCAGUGAUGUACUGGGCCAUACGCACUACCCUCUGUAGUGCCUUGCGGUCGGAGGCCAUACCAGGCGACUACAGUAGCUAUGUUGGUCUAUUGUACUUCAAACAAUGUGUAUGCAGGUUGCUUAGGAUUCACACCUUCUCAAACAGCCUAAUUCACACUCUUCAGAGGAAUAAUGGACUUCAGUGUCCUGCUAUUAAAAUAAUACAUAUAUACAGUACCAGUCAAAAGUUUGGACACACCUACUCAUUCCAGGUGACUACCUCAUGAAGCUGGUUGAGAGAAUGCCAAGAGUGUGCAAAGCUGUCAUCAAGGCAAAGGGUGGCUACUUUGAAGAAUCUCAAAUAUAAAAUAUAUUUUGAUUUGUUUUACACUUUUUUGGUUACUACAUGAUUCCGUAUGUGUUUUCAUGUCUUCACUAUUAUUCAACAAUGUAGAAAAUAGUAAAAAUAAAGAAAAACCCUUGAAUGAGUAGGUGUGUCCAAACUUUUGACUGGUAUUGUAUGUAUGUGUGUAUAUAUAUAUAUAUCAUUAGGCUGUAUGUAUUUUUAGAUAUAGGACUAUUGUAAAUGUGUAUUAUUUUAGCGUCACCAUCUUUAUUGUAAAAAAGAAAUACAAAUACAUACAACUUUAAGCUACAUAGUCAUUUGACAGAGGUAAUAAACUGCCCAUUGAUCAGCACAGCAAUUGACAAAACAGGACCAUAGCUUGCUUUCAUAUAAUUUAAAAAAGAUUGAAAAAGUAGCGGAAUGGGAUUAGUAUGGUGUGUGAAGAAUCCAAUAUUUUAACUUGCGGUACAAAUCACAUUAUUGUGGGAGCACCUCCUGUAAGAGUAAGAAUUAGGAUGUUUGAGAAGGUUUGAAUCCUAAGCAACCUGCAUACACAUUGUUUGAAGUACAAUAGACCAACAUAGCUACUGUAGUACAGUGAGGGAAAAAAGUAUUUGAUCCCCUGCUGAUUUUGUAUGUUUGCCCACUAAUUUUAAUGGCAGGUUUAUUUGAACAGUGGGAGACAGAAUAACAAAAAAAUCCAGAAAAAAACAUGUCAAAAAUGUUAUAAAUUGAUUUGCAUUUUAAUGAGGGAAAUAAGUAUUUGACAACCUCUCAAUCAGAAAGAUUUCUGGCUCCCAGGUGUCUUUUAUACAGGUAACGAGCUGAGAUUAGGAGCACACUCUUAAAGGGAGUGCUCCUAAUCUCAGUUUGUUACCUGUAUAAAAGAAACCUGUCCACAGAAGCAAUCAAUCAAUCAGAUUCCAAACUCUCCACCAUGGCCAAGACCAAAGAGCUCUCCAAGGAUGUCAGGGACAAGAUUGUAGACCUACACAAGGCUGGAAUGGGCUACAAGACCAUCGCCAAGCAGAUUGGUGAGAAGUUGACAACAGUUGGUGAGAUUAUUCGCAAAUGGAAGAAACACAAAAUAACUGUCAAUCUCCCUCGGCCUGGGGCUCCAUGCAAGAUCUCACCUCGUGGAGUUGCAAUGAUCAUGAGAACGGUGAGGCAGCUGGGACCAUAGUCACCAAGAAAACAAUUGGUAACACACUACGCCGUGAAGGACUGAAAUCCUGCAGCGCCCGCAAGGUCCCCCUGCUCAAGAAAGAAAAUAUACAGGCCCGUCUGAAGUUUGCCAAUGAAAAUCUGAAUGAUUCAGAGGAGAACUGGGUGAAAGUGUUGUGGUCAGAUGAGACCAAAAUCGAGCUCUUUGGCAUCAACUCAACUCGCCGUGUUUGGUGGAGGAGGAAUGCUACCUAUGAUCCCAAGAACACCAUCCCCACCGUCAAACAUGGAGAUGGAAACAUUAUGCUUUGGGGGUGUUUUUCUGCUAAGGGGACAGGACCACUUCACCGCAUCAAAGGGACGAUGGACGGGGCCAUGUACCUUCAAAUCUUGGGUGAGAACCUCCUUCCCUCAGCCAGGGCAUUGAAAAUGGGUCGUGGAUGGGUAUUCCAGCAUGACAAUGACCCAAAACACACGGCCAGGGCAACAAAGGAGUGGCUCAAGAAGAAGCACAUUAAGGUCCUGGAGUGGCCUAGCCAGUCUCCAGACCUUAAUCCCAUAGAAAAUCUGUGGAGGGAGCUGAAUGUUUGAGUUGCCAAACGUCAGGCUUGAAACCUUAAUGACUUGGAGAAGAUCUGCAAAGAGGAGUGGGACAAAAUCCCUCAUGAGAUGUGUGCAAACCUGGUGGCCAACUACAAGAAACGUCUGACCUCUGUGAUUGCCAACAAGGGUUUUGCCACCAAGUACUAAGUCAUGUUUUGCAGAGGGGUCAAAUACUUAUUUCCCUCAUUCAAAUGCAAAUCAAUUUAUAACAUUUUUGACAUGCGUCUUUCUGGAUUUUGUUGUUGUUAUUCUGUCUCUCACUGUUCAAAUAAACCUACCAUUAAAAUUAUAGACUGAUCAUGUCUUUGUCAGUGGGUAAACCUACAAAAUCAGCAGGGGAUCAAAUACUUUUUUCCCCUCACUGUAUGUCAAAGCUGUGUGCUGGAAAAUCUUGGUAGAGCAUGGGUGGAGUAGGCAUUGUGGUGCUCAUGUGAAUUACCUUGUUUUUUAGGUUUCAGACCAAUCCCUACUUCUCACUUAAAACAUUGUUUUUAAUGCAGUAGUCGUUCUUGCUGAGUUUCAAACAGUUUAACUGUAACAUGGUACAGUAUAGAGUGUUGACUCUGAGGUUUGUUCCCUCGUUUAGAACCUUCACCAUCCUGGCAUCGUCAACCUGGAGUGUAUGUUCGAGACGCCAGAGAGGGUGUUUGUUGUCAUGGAGAAGCUCCAUGGAGACAUGCUGGAGAUGAUCCUGUCCAGUGAGAAGAGCAAGCUCCCAGAACGGAUCACCAAGUUCCUGGUCACACAGGUCUGUCUCUUUCUCCCAUUCUUGCCCUCUCUACUUUUCUCUUAUCUCCUCUCUAACUGGGGCUCCUGAGUGGCGCAGCAGUCUAAGGCACUGCAUCUCAGUGCUAGAGGUGUCACUACAGACCCUGGUUCAAUUCCAGGCUGUAUCAAAAUCUGGCCGUGAUUGGGAGUCCCAUAGGGCAGCGCACAAUUGGCCCAGCGUUGUCCGGGUUUGGCUCGGGUAAGCCGUCAUUGUAAAUAAGAAUUUGUUCUUAACUGACUAGUUUUAAAAAACUCCCCUUUCUGUCCUUGCUCAUCUUUUCAUCCCUCACCCUCUCUCUUGUGGUGUGGAAGUCUAUAUAAUCUGUAGUAGACUCAACCUCGGGCCUGUUUAUUCUUGCGGUGUGUGGAUAUGGGGGGAUUGUUUACGGGACGCGCUGGUCUGGAUGGCAUCAUGGCCGUGUCCCUCCCGGUGGAUUACAGCUGCUCUGCUCUGGUCUGUGGGCUGAUUAGAAGAGAGGGGCCCCUGGGCCAAACACGAGCUGGUCCAUUAGGCAUGGAGCUGCACAUGACAAUUAGCAGCAGGCCUGACUCUGAUGUGGUUUAUCAGGACUUUGUCAAAGUCAGGAGUCAGGCAGCAGUGUGGAGUGGUUAGAUGACCACAGCUAAACAUGCGUGCAGCGGUAGCAGCUACAGUUUAUGCUUACACUACAGCAGAAGAGAUGAGAUCAUGUGUCCAUAUGGAAACUAAGAAAGAGACCAACCUAGAAAUAGCUUAGUUAACUACUAAAAUACUAAUGCAACUCCAAUUAUCCAUAACAUUAUAUUUUAUGAGUGACUCCAUAAGGUUAUAUGAAGGGGUCAUUAUGUGGUAUUAUGUGGUUUGAUAUAGCUAACCCAUGGGCUUUGGGCUAUGUUCUGUAACAGAUCCUGGUGGCUUUGAGACAUCUGCAUUUCAAGAACAUCGUCCACUGUGACCUGAAGCCUGAGAACGUGCUGCUGGCCUCGGCAGAACCCUUCCCUCAGGUAACAACCAACGGUCUUUCUAGCAAAAUAUUUAUUGUAUGUGGAUAAAAUGUGUGUAUGGAGGAGACAAUGUAGCAUUCUCAUGUGUGUUUGUUUGUGUCCUGACAGGUUAAACUGUGUGACUUUGGCUUUGCCCGUAUCAUCGGUGAGAAGUCGUUCAGGCGUUCGGUGGUGGGUACCCCAGCCUACCUGGCCCCAGAGGUGCUGCGUAGUAAGGGCUACAACCGCUCCCUGGACAUGUGGUCAGUGGGGGUCAUCGUUUACGUCAGCCUCAGCGGCACCUUCCCCUUCAACGAGGAUGAGGACAUUAACGAUCAGAUCCAGAACGCUGCCUUCAUGUACCCACCCCAGCCAUGGAAGGAGAUCUCUGCAGAAGGUAGGAAGGUAGGAAGGAAGGCAGGCCAUUGAAUAAUAUUUAAAUGCAUGAAUGCUAAGUAAGUGAGGACACACAUCUCUGUAAAGUGUGUAAUGUAACUACACAUGUAGGAUCUUAAUUUGAUUGCCCUGUUGCAGGAGAACUUCCCUGCAAUGCAGGAAAUGUAAAACUAGUAGUGUAUUUGAGGUUUAAAAAGGCUUCUAAAGUUUGUAAUUUGCUCUUUGACAUUUGACUGGAUUUUCCCUUACGAAAAAUGUAUCAACCGCUACAAAAAUGUCCAUUAAUUAUAAUCCAGAUAAUAAUUCACAUUUCCUGUUGCUGCAGGAUUAUUUUCCUGCUGUAGGACAGAGUUUCCCAAACCCGUCCCUGGGGCCCCCGCUGGGUGCACGUUUUGGUUUUUGCCCUAGCACUACACAGCGGAUUCAAAUAAUCAAAGCUUGAUGAUGAGGGGGGGGGGGCCUAGGACCGAGUUUGGGAAACCCUGCUGUAGGAGACUGGCUCAAAUUAAGAUCCUACGUCUGUAAUGAGUUAUACAGUUUAGGAAGUAGACCAAUUGUGUGAUACAACAAGCAGUCAUUUGACACAACUGGAAGUUAGCUGCUCUAAGUUAUAACUUGUAUACCAAGUUCAACUAUGAUUUCUCAUAUAGAGUAGUGUAGGCCUACAAUGCCUUGCAAAAGUAUUCAUCCCCCUUGGUGUUUUUCCUAUUUUGUUGCAUUACAACCUGUAAUUUAAAAUGAUUUUUAUUUGGAUUUCAUGUAAUGGACAUACACAAAAUAGUCCAAAUUGGUGAAGUGAAAUAAAAAAAAUGACUUGGUAGGUUUAUUUGAACAGUGAGACAGAAUAACAACAAAAAAAUCCAGAAAAACGCAUGUCAAAAAUGUUAUAAAUUGAUUUGCAUUUUAAUGAGAGAAAUAAGUAUUUUACCCCUCUGCAAAACACGACUUAGUACUUGGUGGCAAAACCCUUGUUGGUAAUCACAGAGGUCAGACGUUUCUUGUAGUUGACCACAACACUCAUCUGACCACAACACUUUCACCCAGUUCUCCUCUGAAUCAUGCAGAUGUUCAUUGGCAAACUUCAGACGGCCUUGUAUAUGUGCUUUCUUGAGCAGGGGGACCUUGCGGGCGCUGCAGGAUUUCAGUCCUUCACGGCGUAGUGUGUUACCAAUUGUUUUCUUGGUGACUAUGGUCCCAGCUGCCUUGAGAUCAUUGACAAGAUCCUCCCGUGUAGUUCUGGGCUGAUUCCUCACCGUUCUCAUGAUCAUUGCAACUCCACGAGGUGAGAUCUUGCAUGGAGCCCCAGGCCGAGGGAGAUUGACAGUUAUUUUGUGUUUCUUCUAUUUGCGAAUAGUCGCACCAACUGUUGUCACCUUCUCACCAAGCUGCUUGGCAAUGGUCUUGUAGCCCAUUCCAGCCUUGUGUAGGUCUACAAUCUUGUCCCUGACAUCCUUGGAGAGCUCUUUGGUCUUGGCCAUGGUGGAGAGUUUGGAAUCUGAUUGAUUGAUUGCUUCUGUGGACAGGUGUCUUUUAUACAGGUAACAAGCUGAGAUUAGGAGCACUCCCUUUAAGAGUGUGCUCCUAAUCUCAGCUCGUUACCUGUAUAAAAGACACCUGGGAGCCAGAUAUCUUUCUGAUUGAGAGGGGGUCAAAUACUUAUUUCCCUCAUUAAAAGCAAACCAAUUUAUAACAUUUUUGACAUGUGUUUUUCUGGAUUUUUGUUGUUGUUAUUCUGUCUCUCACUGUUCAAAUAAACCUACCAUUAAAAUUAUAGACUGAUCAUUUCUUUUUCAGUGGGCAAACGUACAAAAUCAGCAGGGGAUCAAAUACUUUUUUCCCUCACCGUAUAUACACCUGUUCUGAAAGGCCCAAGAGUCUGCAACACCACUAAGCAAGGGGCACCACCAAGCAAGCGGCACCAUGAAGACCAAGGAGCUCUCCAAACAGGUCAGGGACAAAGUUGUGGAGAAGUACAGAUCAGGGUUGGGUUAUAAAAAAAUAUCCGAAACUUUGAACAUCCCACCGAGCACCAUUCAAUCCAAUAUUAAAAAAUUGAAUGAAUAUGGCACCACAACAAACCUGCCAAGAGAGGGCCGCCCACCAAAACACACGGACCAGGCAAGGAGGGCAUUAAUCAGAGAGGCAACAAAGAGACCAAAGAUAACCCUGAAGGAGCUGCAAAGCUCCACAGCGGAGAUUGGAGUAUCUGUCCAUAGGACCACUUUAAGCCGUACACUCCACAGAGCUGGCCUUUACGGAAGAAAAAAACCCAUUGCUUAAAGAAGAAAAUAAGCAAAUACGUUUGGCAAAAAUGUCUGGCGCAAACCCAACACCUCUCAUCACCCCGAGAACACCAUCCCCACAGUGAAGCACGGUGGUGGCAGCAUCAUGCUGUGGGGAUGUUUUUCAUCGGCAGGGACUGGGAAACUGGUCAGAAAUGAAGGAAUGAUGGAUGGCGCUAAAUACAGGGAAAUUCUUGAGGGAAACCCGUUUCAGUCUUCCAGAGAUUUGAGACUGAGGUUUACCUUCCAGCAGGACAAUGACCCUAAGCAUACUGCUAAAGCAACACUCGAGUGGUUUAAGGGGAACCAUUGAAAUGUCUUGGAAUGGCCUAGUCAAAGCCCAGACCUCAAUCCAAUUGAGAAUCUGUGGUAUGACUUAAAGAUUGCUGUACACCAGCGGAACCCAUCCAACUUGAAGAAUAGAGCAGUUUUGGCUUGAAGAAUGGGCAAAAAUCCCAGUGGCAAGAUGUGCCAAGCUUAUAGAGACAUACCCCAAGAGACUUGCAGCUGUAAUUGCUGCAAAAGGUGGCUUUACAAAGUAUUGACUUUGGGGCGGUGAAUAGUUAUGCACGCUCAAGUUCUGUUUUUCUGUCUUAUUUCUUGUUUGUUUCAUAAUAAAAAAUAUUUUGCAUCUUCAAAGUGGUAGGCAUGUUGUGUAAAUCAAAUGAUACAAACCCCCUAAAAAUCCAUUUUAAUUCCAGGUUGUAAGGCAACAAAAUAGGAAAAAUGCCAAAGGGGGUGAAUACUUUCGCAAGCCACUGUAUGUGGUGGAUAUUUAGAUGGGGCUGCAGAUGGGGAUAUUUGUCAGUGAAUCAUGUAAACCACACAGUUCAAAGAGCAACAGGGUUGAAAACCAUGCUGGUAGAUCCAGACGUGUGGGUAGAAAGACAGCACUAAUGUUGCAUGUCUACCUCAAUUUGAGACUAACAUUACGUCUCUAUUCCUCUCACAGCUACUGAUCUCAUUAAUAACCUCCUACAAGUGAAGAUGAGGAAGCGGUACAGUGUGGAAAAGUCCCUCAGCCAUCCUUGGCUACAGGUAAUAAAUAGUAGCCUAAUUAUACUGUAAGCAGUGCACAGGCACAUCUAACAAAACAUUCACACACCUUUCAUGAUGUGACCUAGAAAAGGGCAGACAUUGUAUUGGAUCCCUGCUGUAACUCCUGAUCCUCUCUCUCAGGAUUACCAGACAUGGCUGGACCUCAGGGAGUUUGAGACAAGGCGUGGCGAGCGUUACAUCACCCACGAGAGUGAUGAUGUGCGCUGGGAGGAGCAUGCAGACGAGCACAGCCUGGUCCAUCCUAAACACUUCAUCAUGGCGCCCAACCUGGACGAUAUGGAGGAGGACCCC